AUCGGCCGUAAAACGACCCCGCCGCCGCCGCCGCAAAGGCGAAGACGAACAGCGUUCCUAUUCCUACGCGCCAGCAUCGACAAGUGUGUGGAGCAGAGCCAGUCAGUAGCGAGCAGUGCUGCUGCGCUGCUGCUGCUGCCGCCGCCGCAGCUAGACAGAUCUGACAGCGCUACGCCACGCCCGGGGCCCCUCCUCUAAAGCCUGCCGCCGCCGCUGUUUCCCCCGCUGCCGCCGCGUGAGGAGAGAGAGGCCAGCGCGUGCGAGGCGAGCACGAACGAUUAGGCAGCGGGUGCAGCUGCGGUAGCUCGCAGUCGCAGGGGCAGUAUCGUAAAAGGCGCGGCGGCUGGGCGGGGCAAAUCUGCUUGCCGGAAAAGGCCGAGCCGCGAGCCGUUGGCGUUGCCACUCUAGCCAGCUCCAGCCCUGACACGCGCACAGCGCAGCCGAAACGGCUGCUCCCCGUCCCCGAGCGCAAUAAAAGGGGGCCUCGCCGCAGCGUAUGUACGGGGCGGGAUGGAGUCGGCCGACGCAGCGGGAGGGGCGGCUGGGCCGGGCCGCGGCCCCUCGGCCAAGCGCAUGCGCGGCUUGAUGGGGAGCGGCGGCGAUGGCGGCGGCGACGGCAUGGAGUUGGUGCCGUGGGGGUCGCCGCCGCCGGCUGGACAGCAGCAGCAGCAGCCGCACCUGCUCCAUGGGUCGGCGUCGCGGAUCUGCCGCGUGAAGGCGUCGGGGGGCAAGGACCGGCACAGCAAGGUGUACACGUCCAAGGGCAUCCGCGACCGCCGGGUGCGGCUCUCGGUGCCCACGGCCAUCCAGUUCUACGAUCUGCAGGACCGCCUCGGCUUCGACCAGCCCAGCAAGGCCAUCGAGUGGCUCAUCAACGCCGCCUCCCCCGCCAUCGACGAGCUCCCCUCCCUCGACCCGGCCGCCUUCGCCGCCAUGCCGGCCGACCACCAGGCCGCGCCCCGCGCCGGCAAGCAGCAGCAGGGCAGCAGGUCGCUGUGCAGCAGCACGUCGGAGACCAGCAAGGGGUCCGAGCUCUCGCUCUCGCGCUCCGACUGCCGCGUCGGCGGCGGCUCCUCCCGGGACAAGGAGGUCACCGUCGCCAGCAACCCCUCCACGCAGGCCGGGUCCUUCACCGAGCUGCUCACCGGGGCGGGGUCAGCCGGCGCGGCUCAGCACAGGCAGUCCUGGCAGCAACAGCGGCAGCUGGCCGUUUCCGCGGUCGCGGUCACCGCGGACUGCAUCGGCAUCGCACACCCCGGCAAAGGCGGCGGCGCGCAGGUGGUGCCGACGUACCCCGGUUUCAGAUUCGGUAAUGCGCCCCCGCUCGGCAUGGUGCCAGCGCAGCCGUUUAACUUCGGCACCUCCGCCCAGAUGACGCACUUCUCCUCGCUCGUCCAGGACGGGCUGUCGGCGGCUCCGGCUCCGGCUCAAGCCGGAGACUACAGCCUCGACUUCUCGAUCAACUCCGGUUACAUGGGUGCCAACAGGGGGCCCCUUCAGUCCAAUUCGCCGCACUUCUCCAGCCACCACCACCACCAGCAACAGCAGCAGCUCCAGGACCUGGACGACGGUCCGAGCCCUCCCUUCCUGUACGAGCAGGCCGCCGCCACCGCCCCGCACCUCGCGUCGGAGAACCAUCUCGGGGGGACCGCGGCGAUGCAGCUGUGGAACGGGUUCCGGCACGCCACCAUGAAGGAGAAGAGCAAGAACUGAUCACCCCGAUCCACCAGCGGAACCCAAGGUAUCAAGAUUUUUUUCGGCUUCGGCAAUAAUUCAUUUCGUGGAGCUGCUGCCUCAGGAGUGUAUGGGCCGGAUCAUCAUCAAUCAUUCGUCCAAGUCUGCUUCGUCCGGCAUGAACCCUGCUGCCAUUUAUUCAGGCAACCAUGUGCUGCUUUUUUUUCUUCUCCUCUGUGAUGAGGCCGGUGUACAAGUUUUGUGGGAGUUUUAUUAGACAAAGACUGGCAAGCGCUAGCCCUGCUAUGUGGGCUAGAAUCUGUUGUUGUUUUAGAAACUGUGCCUUUUUUGUUUUGUUUGAGAUCAUUUAGAAACUGUGCCAAGCGCCGCCCGCCUUCUAGGCCAGACUAUUCUCAGGUUUGGAGAAACAAGUCCCCCAAAGACUGGGAAAUAGAUUGGGGUAUAAAAAUAGUAUUAAAAAAAUCUGAAAAUUUUAAAAA